AUGGAAUGGGUCAAUCCUUCCAUUGAGCACUUCCUCAGGGCCUACUCAGGGGUCAAUCAAAGGGACUGGACCAAAUGGCUCCCAAUGGCGGAGUUUGCCUACAACAAUGCAGUACAUAGUAGUACAGGCAAAACCCCUUUUAAAGCCUUGUAUGGGUUGGAACCUACUCUAACCCCAUCCAAUGUACCAAUGGAUGUCCUGGAAGCCAAUGACCUUGCUCAGAAAAUGGAAAAACAAUGGAAGGAAGUAGAGUCUGCCCUUUGGCAAUCCAAACAGUGCAUGAUCACCGGAGAAGAAGGGAACCCAAUAGAGUUCAAGAAUGGAGAGGAGGCUUGGCUUGACGCCAAAAAUGUCAACCUCAAGACCCUAAGUCCCAAGCUAACAGAACAACGCCUGGGACCAUUCAAGGUUGUCAAGAAGAUUUCCAAUUGGGCAUAUUGUCUAGAACUCCCACCAACCAUGCGUAUCCACAAUGUCUUCUAUGUAGGGCUAUUGUCUAAAGUCAAAAAGGAUAAAAACUGUGCCUUUAAAAACCGCCCACCACCAAUUACUGUGGACAGGAAAGAAGAAUACAAGGUCAAAGGCAUAACAGAUGCAGAAGAAAGAAACAGGAAGUGGUUCUUCUGGGUCAAAUGGAAAGGUUAUGGGUCCAAGGAAAACACGUGGGAACCUCAAGAAAACUUGAAAAACGCCAAAAAAAUUCUAGAAAAAUACAAAAAAGAUAUGAAAAAGAAGGCCCUUGGCGCCGCCAAGGCCCUUAGAGGGGGGGCAGUGUUGUAG